AUGGGACCGCUAGUUCGAUUUCUCUGCCAGGGUGAACUUCCCGAAGACCGAGCUGAGUCCAGAAAACUGCAACGUAAAGCAGCUCGAUACGUUCUCUGGGACAAUCUCCUGUACAAGAGGUCAUACCUCGGCCCGUGGUUCCGGUGUAUCACACCAGAAGAGGGCCAAAGGGUCAUUCAGGAUAUACACGAGGGACUCUGUGGUGCUCACGUCGGCUACAGGAUGCUCGUCAAAAAAGCUCUGUUGCUAGGAUAUUUCUGGCCCACCAUGAGGGUAGAUGCCCAGAUCAUGGUCUUUAGCUGUCCUGCUUGCCAGCACCACGCCCCUGAGCACCAUCAGCCGACGAACCUCAUGAUUCUCAUCACCUCGCCAUGGUCAUUCGAACAAUGGGGGACUGAUAUAAUCGGGCCAUUCCUCAGAGCCCCAGGCAAUUUUGCAUACGCGGUGGUGGCAGUAGAUUACUUCACCAAAUGGGUCGAGGCCGAGCCUUUGAGAAGUAUCACCGGAUUAGCGGUUCAAAAGUUCUUCUGGAAGAGCGUAGUUUGCCGCUUCGGUCUACCCCGGGUGGUCAUCUCGGAUAAUGGAAGACAGUUUACUGAUAACCCCUUCAAGGCAUGGACCACCCCAAGGUCGGCAACACAAGAGACCCCGUUCUCUUUAACGUAUGGGUCCGAAACUGUGGUCCCAGCCGAGUUCAUCACGCCGAACCCACGAAUGCCCGCAUACGCUGCCGAAGUUAAUGAAGAAGAGCGGCGAGUUGAUCUCGACCUCGUCGAAGAGAAGCGUGAUAUGGCAGCCGGCAAAGUUGCCCUUUAUAAAAAUAUCUUAACUGGCAACUUCAACGCUCGGGUCAAACACCUACGGUUCAGUCCGGGAGACCUAGUGCUCCGGAAGAAUUCGGUCAGCCGAGCUGAACCACAAGGAAAACUUAGCCCUAAGUGGGAGGGACCCUACCGGGUUGUUGAGUCCAGCCAAAACGGAUAUUGUAAAUUAGCUUAUCAGGAUGGUUCUCGGGUGCCUCGAACGUGGCAUGCUGAGAACCUUAGAUUGUAUUACCCUUAA